UUGCGCAGCCGCACUGAGCAGCUGCGGGGGUUUGAUAGAGUCAACGGCGGAAAGGGAGCCUCGCCUCAGAAUAAAAUAUUAUUUUUGAAACCUGCUAACCAUCAAAACAUAAAAGUAGAAUCAUAAAAACUACACGCAGUCAAGCGCAAGCCGUAAAAGGAGUUUUACCAUGAUCCGUUUCAUCCUUAUCCAGAACCGCGCUGGCAAAACCCGUUUGGCUAAGUGGUACAUGCAGUUCGAUGAUGACGAGAAGCAGAAGCUCAUUGAGGAAGUCCAUGCUGUUGUGACUGUCCGUGAUGCUAAGCACACCAAUUUUGUGGAGUUUCGAAACUUCAAGAUAAUUUAUCGACGCUAUGCUGGACUCUACUUCUGUAUUUGUGUAGAUGUCAACGACAAUAAUCUGGUCUAUCUGGAAGCUAUCCACAACUUUGUGGAGGUUUUGAAUGAAUAUUUCCAUAACGUCUGUGAAUUAGAUCUUGUCUUCAACUUCUAUAAGGUGUAUACAGUGGUGGAUGAGAUGUUCCUAGCCGGAGAGAUCAGAGAAACAAGCCAGACCAAGGUGUUAAAACAACUGCUCAUGUUACAGUCCUUGGAGUGAACAUCAUAAGGACGCUUCAACGAAAGCAGCUUAAACCCAAGCUCCACUGGUGCAAGUGUGUGUGUGUGUGUGUGUGUGUGUGUGAGAGAGAGAGAGAGAGAGAGAGUGAGAGAAGAGCAGAGAGGAAUGAAUGUAUACUAUAGGGAACAAUGAAUGUUAACCCAGUUACUGCAGGACAAAGACCACUUAACCCACCUGAAACGUCCUACAACACUUACUUCACAAUUGAUUCACAAGUUAAUCUGGUUGUAAGGCACUUCUGGCUAUCUGACUAUUGAUUAGUUAGUAUCCAUAUACUGUAUUCUGCGCAGUACUGUGCAAAAGUAUUAAACACAUAUAUAUAGCUAGGGUGUCUCAGACCUUUGCACAGACUGUAUUUGUCAACGUGGAGCAGAUAUGGCGGGAGAAAAAGGAUGCUGAGAAUGGUGAAGGCGGAGCACUGCAGGAGGGGUGUGGGACAGGUGGCAGAGAAGGAGUGUGAGGGAGUGGCGCAAGUGUAGCCCUGAGACACCAAACAAGGUCAUUUGAUUCCACACAAUUGGUUUAUUUAUCAUUACAGAAUGUCUCUCUGGUGCUUCCCUCUCUCCCUUCCCCUUUCCCCAGCCAUAAUUCCCCUCUCCCUUCCCCCUUCCCACUCUCAGUCCACAAUAGAGACCCAGGUUUAUCAUCACUCACCUAUGUCGGGAUUUUUUUUUGUGGCAGCAGUACAGUGCAAUACAUAAAAUCACUAUAGUACUGUGCAAAAGUCUUAUUACAAGAGUUUUGCACAGUACCGUAACACUGCUUUCCAAGUUAGUCCCAGAACAGGACAAGUACUUGAUUCAGAGCAGUACGGUAUAUCACCAAGAGAGCACAUGUACGGUUACACUGCAAUGUCCGUAAUGUGAACUGAACACUAGAUUGAGUGCUCAUUCGUAGAACACACCCCACACAAACCAAGUUGGUGUUGUCAUCGGAAGUUAAUGUGAAAGCAGGGAGGAAUUUUCAUAUUCUGUCUUUGUUACAUUUGCCCACGUUGUCCUGACUGAGACGGCCAUUCAAAGUACUGGUGAUGGGAGCAAAUUUGAUCUGAGAUUCAUGUGAGAAUCACAUUUAAAAUUAUGUGAUGAAUUGCUGCCGCGGUGUUGUUGAAGAUAACCAGUCAGAGCACCAAAAAGCUAAUGUGCUUUUAACUGUUUGCAUACUUUUGCUGACUGUUCGACAACUUCUUGUUUCAGAGAAGCUAAGCUAUUCAGCCCCAGAUUUGAGUUUAUCACUGAAAUCUCUGACUGGGAAUUCGGACUGGUUGCUGGAGUUCUAUUCUGUGCACAGUUUACACCCCACGGCACACCUUGGCUCUGUGACUUUUAUUCUUGCCCUGACAGCUCUCUUCUUUGAAGGACAGGGUUUUCCACAAACACAUUUGAAUGUCACUCAGGGGAAACUGUAAUGGAUGCAAAUGACCUGUCAAAUAGCCGGAAUUCAGGAACCAGUAUUAGUUCACAGACAUCAGUGUUUUAUAUAUAAUUAUUACAUCAAAGUGUCUGAUUAUUGUUCACUACCCACUUUCAAAUCCCCCCCAACCCCUCCCAGCCAAAAAAAAGGAAGUGCAGUUUGUGAUAAUUGAACCACUUAAUAAAACUACACGAGAACCCACUGUAGAAUCAAUUUGCUUGAAUCCAUUGACCGGAUCCCUGAACAAUAGUGACACCGCUGACUGUCAGCAUGUUGCACAUUCCUGCUAAUUAGCACCGAAGUCUCUGGAUCUAUGAAUAACUGAAGCAGUGGAAAUCUUUCCAGCUCAUCCGAUUUGCAGAAUAAAUCUAAACGUCAACUGAAGAGUUCCUAUUCCUGACUUAAUCCAUUCAGUUACAGGGUUAUGUUGCUCUGGUUGGUGUAACCUGUACUUGGAUAAAGCAAAAUGCUUCUCUGAUGGUGUUUUUAACUUCUUUUAAAUAACAUUUGCCCAGUCCUUGUUUGUUGCAUUUGAAUGGAGUUCAUGUGUGUGGAGAAAUUUCUCUUCUACUUAUUGAGCCAAAAUGUUGUAAUUAUCAGUAGAAAUGUCCUGUUAUGUGGAGGCAGUAACCUGUCACAAUAAAUGCAAGAAGUGUU